AUGAAUGCGGCCAUCUUAAUCGUAUCAUCGACAAAGUUGGAUCUUCCUCGUCCAACCCCGACACCCAAAGUGGUGGCACAGUCCAUUUCCGGGCGCGAUCGCCAACGCACCCUUCCGAGCAAGUCUGGUCCUAAUAAGGGCCGCUCGCCGGGUAAGCCCCCCAAAGUCUGCGUCGUCCAAGGCCCUGCCAGGACCGAGAUCAGGCCAGCGAGCUUCUCAACAAGGUCACGGGCAUGGUGGCUCCACGUGAGCCUUGCAUCAUGCCUCCUUGUGCUCUGGCUUGGCUACUAUCUCGGCCCCCAGCAGCAGCACGCCCCCUACAAAAGCCGGUCAGGUUUCAUCAACGGUGAUGGCUCCACGCCUUUCGGCCAUGAAAGCUCCAAAACCUAUCAUGUCCCUCAUCACCCAUCGAUCUUUGACAUUUUUCCAGCCAUGUCAUACUCGCACGGCGUGGAGAUGGACACGUUCACGCUGAUGAACGAGACCACGACGGCCCUCGGCGAGGACCUCAUCUCCUCGCUGCGGGGGGUUCUGAGCAAGCAGGCAGACCUCUACCUCGCGAGCUCGAUCCUGUACACGUAUUUGCUGCCGGCCAAGUGCAGCAGAACACCCUCGAGCCGCUGGAUCACGGAUGCGGAGCGGUAUCGCAAGAACACCGGCCGCUACAAGUCCCUCCCCUCGUGGUGCGCCUCGCGCCACCAGUCCCUCGAGACCUGCCUGGAUGCAGCCGCCAAGGCCCGAAUAGACAUCCAUGAGCGGCUGUCGACGCUGCGGACGUUGCUGAUGACAGGCCGGACUUUUGCAGACAUGGUGUUGGAAACAGGCACGCGCCGGUUUCUCAACCAGACGAUUUUAAAUUUGUUUUCUGGGCGGAAUAUAUUUGGGGGUUACAGAGAUUUGAGUCUUAUGUAG